CUUUCUCCCUACUUACACCACAGCAUUAUUCCCUAAACAUAUACCUACCUCUUUGCUAAUAGGACGCCAAAAAUGCUCACCGCAGUUGGUACCCCCAUGGUCACAACCCUCACAGUAGGCUCCAUAGCCUCCCUCCCCCAACCCCCCCGCCCCGAACCCAAACUCCCACCCCCCUCCGGCCGCUCUCGACCCCAUCAGCUCAAAGACUCCGACAUCCCGCAACGCACGAAGUUCGAGUUCGAUGACAUCAAGGACGCGAUGGCCGCGUUCGCCAUGGGCGAGUUCUUGGUGGUUAUGGACGACGAGAAUAGGGAGAAUGAGGGUGAUUUGAUCGUCGCGGCGGAUGGGGUCACGACGGAACAGAUGGCGUGGAUGAUCAAACAUACAAGCGGGUACAUCUGCAUAGCGCUGCCAGAAGAAACGCUCGAAGACCUCGAGAUCCCGAUGAUGGUCGAACAUAACGAAGACAGGAAUCGAACAGCAUAUACUGUCACAGUCGACUACAAGCACGGCACAACAACCGGCAUUUCCGCCCACGACCGCGCCCUAACCGCCCGCGCCCUCGCCCACCCCGCCACCAUCCCCACCGACUUCUCCCGCCCGGGGCACCUCGUCCCCCUCCGCGCCCACCCCAACGGCGUCCUCUCCCGGCGUGGCCACACCGAAGCCGGCCUCGAUCUCUGCGAACUGACGGGACACGAGCCCGCGGGGCUGCUCUGCGAGAUCGUGAAUGAUGACGAGGAGGGGACGAUGGCGAGGAGGGAUGAGUGUCGUGCGUUUGCGGAUCGGUGGGGGGUUAAGAUGAUUAGUAUACAGAUGUUGGUGGAGUGGAGGGAGAGGAAGGAGAGGGAGGAGAGGGCGAAGAGUGGGAAGAAGGAGGGGAAGAAUGCGGGGAAGAGGAGGAGUAUGAAGCCGCAGCCGAGGGCGGAGGAGAUAAAGGUCGUAGAGCAGGAAGAGGAUCCGAAGGAGCAAGCCGAGCCGAAGGAGGAAGUGGAGCCGAAGGAUGAAGUGGAGCCGAAGGCCGGGAACGAGGAAGAAGUGAAGGUUGAGGAGAAGGAGAAGGAGGAGGUGGUGGCGAAGGAGGAGGUGGCGCCCGUGGAGAAGGAGGAAGUGGAGAAAGAGGAAGUGGAGAAAGAGGAGACGAAGAAAGAGGAGACGAAGGAAGAGGAGGAAGAGGCUUGGGAAGAGGCCCCAGAGGACGAAAAUAAGCAAGAGGCUUGAGCGACGUGGCGUGAACUGGGCAUAAGGAACUUCGUAUUUAUCUCGCAUAUCUGGGUUUUCGCCUGUUCAUCUAUAGACUUUCGGGACCUUGGAGCGUAGAAUCAU